AUGGAACUUAAGCUUGAUAUUGAGAAUCAACAGCUUCCCAGCUUUAUAGAAGAAACACGGCCGGCAUUCUUCCAGCCUUCGUUUCCUGCCAACAAAGAAAACAACAACUGGCUGUAUGACAUAGUUCCCCUUGGUCAUGACAGAGUUUGGGCAGGAGGAAACAGUAAUGAGCUCAAUCUUUUUGAUCUCAAGGGCAGUCUCCACGACACUGUCACUAUCACGUGUUUCGGUAUGUACCUGACCCUUCAUGGUGGACACGUGGUGUACUCUGAUACAAAUGAUAAGACCAUAAAGAAGAUUAUAGACGGUAAGGCGAAUACGUUAUUCUGUACCGGGGAGUGGGAACCUUACACCUGUACCGCGGCACAGGAUUUCCUGGUCUGUCUCCGGACGACAGAUCAAACAGAGUCCAAGGUCAUAAGGUACAGAAGUUCCGGUGACGUGCUGCAGGAAAUCCAGUACGACUCCCAGUACCAGCCUCUGUUUAAGUAUACUGUUUACGUGGUGGAGAAUGGUAACAGCGACAUUUGUGUAGCUGACUACGAUAAAAAAGCCGUCACGGUCGUUGACAAGUUUGGAAUAUUCAGGUUCUCCUAUAUAGGGAACAAAACAUGCAAGGAAAUUUCAUACCUACCUCCCUUACUACAGACAGCUUGCAUCACAUCAUCAUCACUGACUAUUUUAACGACAAGAUUCACAUGCUGGACAGGGAUGGUCGAUUCCUGA